AUGCAUACCAAUUAUAACAGAAUAACGGAUUCAACACCUGAACUGACGGUCAUAAUCGCUAAGCAAUCGGAUAGUGCGGCAAAAGAGAUGAGAACACUGUUUGCCAUACAAAACGCCAUAAUCACUAAUACAGCCUAUAAAGAUCGCAUUAAAUGGGUUAAUCUAGGUCUCAAUAAAUAUAAGACAGAGUUCCCCGACUCGUCGGUAUCGCUGUUCACAUUUACAUCGGGCGCUAACGUUGAGGAGACCGACAUAGUGCCACAUAACAGGUGGACACAAACUUAUCUGUUACCUUAUUUGCAACAACCUACCGAAACCAUUGAGAGCGUGGAUUUUGAAAACGUUUUGCGCUACGGGAUCGAGAUGUUCACCGAUAUUAAAGUGUUUGCGUCUCCGCUCUUCCAAACGGCCGCGUCUGUGACGAGUGGACGGGUAGUCUACGUGCGCGAGGACUCAGUGGCCGCUCGCACUGCCCACCAAUUUAUGAAGGCUUUUGGAGAUCUCACUAAUGAUUACCAGAUUAUCGAUCAGAAAUAUAUCGACCCUUCGGGCGGAAAGGAAAUUGAUUUCAAGUUUAAUGUCGACAAUAGUCUCAUGAAUGGUGACAGUCCUAAGACAAAGACAUUAAGAGGUUAUAUCCAGGGUUUUAUUGUCACCAUCGAUAAGUCAGAUGAUAUAUCCAGCGAAUUUCAACUAACAGCCACUCGCGCGGACACCAGUGAGUCGGUGAUUGCUGUCGCAGAGUUUGCCACCAAUUCAGUGGACGACACCAUUAUUAAGGCUCAGUGUUGGCUCAAUACGCAAGUGUUUGAUCCGAAGACCGACACGAAUAGGCCGGUCAUGGCUUACGUCAACAUUCAUAGAAAACUGGACGAACUCAUAGCCAAUGUUUCGGUCAAAUUGAGUGUUAUAUACGAUGCAAAGGGAAGUCAACCAAAACCCAUCGAUAUGUAUGACAACGGGUCGGGCGCACCGGACAUCACGAAAGGCGACGGAAUAUUCUCCAACUAUAUCACAGACAUAGAAAAUCAGGGCUACUAUACCGUGAGCGCCGACAUUGCAAACAUAGAAAGUACGGUAGACUUCACCACAAACUUUGGCAGCACUUCUCUGCCCAAGACGUCCAGUGAUACGGCCUGUUGUGGCUCACGAGUGGACGGGAAGCUCGACUCCAUUACACUUAGUGUAACCAAAUUGAGCCGAAAGCUAGAGUGCGGCACACUUUUCGUCACCGAUAACCCGAAGCACGACUACCCUCCCAAUCCGGUCAGGGAUUUGAGGGUAGAGUCGGUUGAGUACGAGAACCGGACUAUUAAUCUGUUGUGGACAGCGUCGGGAGGGGACUACACUACAGGCUUUACCGACAAGUAUACGAUCAAAGCCUUCCAUCAAAACGAUAACCACGAAGACGACGAAAAACAGCUGCAAGAGAUCAGAACCAAGUUUAACAACUUGGACAGCGCCGACAUCAGCGUUACCAUCGAUACUAUGGCUGACCGUUACGGCAAAGAGCAGAGAUGUCAGAUCCGGUUCAAUACGGACACCGGAGGCGUGUAUUACGUGGCUCUCAGGGCCUCCGACACCGACAAAUACGAGAGUGUUGUGUCCAAUGUAGUGCUGGCUUAUAUCAAAAGUAAUGUAAUCAUUCAGAGCACAACCGCUUUUGCAAAUGAUGUUAGCAUAUAUCAAGUAAUAGGAAAUGGAAACUCCGGAGUAGGACCGUUGACCUGGUGGGAGAUCCUAUUGAUAGCCAUCGGCGGUGCAGUGGUGCUCAUAAUUAUAGGCAUUUUCUUCAUAUGCUGUAUCUGUAAGAGACGGCGUAAAGAAGACGACACGGACAGAGAGACUACAGCCAAACGCGAGGCACCGGUACCCGCGCGACGAGCGCCCGAACCGCCGCAACGCGUGUCACCAGAACUGGAGAAAAACCGGAGUAUUCUGUUGGACGACACGAGUCUCACGCGAAGUGUCGAAAAGAUACCAAACAUUCAGAUAAACAGUUUGCAACAGAAUAACGCCUAUAAUACCGGUUCCCAACACAUGAACAACGGCUACCAUUCCGGUUCACUGCAGAGUCAUAAUAACGGCUAUAAUUCUGGUCCACAACUCAAUAAUGGCUUCAAUUCCGGGUCCCAACAGAACUUACGGGAACUGAAUGUGAAUGCCUUGAGUCCCGUGCAGUCGUGGGACGCCAAAGACCUGCUGAACCACUGGGGACGGGUCCAGGAGGCCAAACAGCGUCAGGAGGCGCCUCCCGUCAUGCGGAUCGAGGACUUGGAGUCGGCGUCCAGUAAUCACUCGCCGUCCUAUGCCUCGUCCGACGACGACAAUAUCUACACGAAUCCAAACGCGUGGCGCUAUAACGACGUGAACGCCCGGCCCUCGUAUGUCAUACCGAACGGCUAUAACGAGCCGAUAUACCAGCGCACGUCUCUGGACCCGCACGCGGCCAUGCGGUCCAACACUCCCAGUGAUACCGUUCCGCGCUAUAGUACUAUCAUACGAAAGCCCACGCAAAACGUGUCGCAAGUUUAG